AAGCAUGUGUCAAGAAGGCAGGUCAUUCCACAGCUGAGUAUCACAUAUGUUUGACUACGUAGUCUAUGUCUGUUCAAUAAGACAUAUUUAUCUAUCACAGUUGGAUGUCAUAGCCAUAACAAAUUUCAAUGUCUUUCCAAACACGCCCCUAUUAGUUGGUAUUGUCUGGAGGAACGGAACUGGUAGACUGAAUGUAUAUUACAAAAGGGGACUUAUUAGAUUGGUUUACAUGGUGUGGGCUGGGUAGUCCAUCAGUGGUUACACAGGAGAAGCUAAGAACUUAGAAGCUGCUCAAUCUAUGAGACUACAUGCCUCAGUGGCUCCGUGUGUUGCUAGAGGCCUGGAGGAUUCCCAGAGAGCUGCUGGUCUUUAUAUCAGAAGGCCAAAGAAGUUGAGCUCUGUUGGGUCGGCAACCCCAGUGGGAUAGGUGCGUUCAGCAGCAAGAAGCAAUGCUGAGCAAAAGCACAUGCUUCUCUUGUCCCUCUGUAUAUCUGUUACUGCCCUCUCUGGGGACGUAGGGUCACAACCUGUGCUCCAACCAGCCCAGAUCAGUUACCUAGCCUCAGUAAGCCAAUUAAAAGAGCCAAACUAAUAAUGAGAGACAGAAGAAGGAGAUUUAUUCAAUGUGGUCACAUGAUGAAGAAGAACAAAGAGGUCCAGAACCCGCAAGUCUGUCUUUAGGUCCUAACAUGAGAGUAAAGUUUAAAUAGAAGAUAAGAGACUAUGUAACUAAGCUUUCCAGCCAAAGUGUGGUUUCCCACCCACCAUUGUCCCAGCUCCCGUCUCUCCUCCAAGGUUGUCUGACAAGUUUCAAAGCUUUCUCUGGCGACAUUAUCUGGUUCAUCAUCUUCGACCUGCCUGUCUCAGGCUUGCUUGUCUCUGCUUGUGUUUGUACAGGUUAUGGCCUGGAGGUGGACAUGUGGUCUGCAGGUGUGAUCCUCUACAUCCUCUUGUGUGGCUUCCCCCCUUUCCGCAGCCCUGAGAAGGACCAGGAUGAGCUCUUCAACAUCAUCCAGCUGGGCCAUUUCGAGUUCCUUGCCCCUUACUGGGACAGCAUCUCUGAUGCUGCCAAAGAUCUGGUGAAACAUUUGCUGGUGGUGGAUCCCAAGAAGUGGUACACGGCCCACCAGGUUCUUCAGCAUCCCUGGGUUGAACUGGCCAGACAUCCCAGCACAGCUAACCCACAGAAGGAGGGACGCCCCAGCAGUGAGGGUCACCAGAGCCAGCACAAGAGGCUUUCAGAGCAGGUGUCAUAAUCCUGCCUUGGAUGUUCGUCCAGCGUCAAGGACAGAGAAGAGGCUGGAAGUCUGUAAGCAAGACAGUGGGAGACACUUCCUCACAUAAGAGGAGGAGGAGAGAACAAUCUAUGUUAAAGCGUAUUUCAGAAGCAAACUCGGGCUGGAGAGAUGGCUCAGCGGUUAGGAGCACUGGCUGCU